UCUAUUUCCCCGAUCUCCGGCACAGACGGGAUGGCAUCCCCCAUCUCGCAGAAGCUGGAGGAGAAGCUGGUGUGCUCCAUCUGCCUGGAGCUGUUCCGGGUGCCCGCGACCUUGCCCUGCGGCCACAACUUCUGCAAGCGCUGCAUCAGCGACCACUGGAACAAACAAAAGCAGGCGCCCGUCGGGACCGAUGCGAGCUACACCUGCCCCGAGUGCCGCAGGGACUUCGAGCGGUGCCCGGAGCUGGAGAAGAAUGUCAUCCUGGACAGCGUGGUGGAGCUGGCACGGGACAGUGACGCUCGGGGCUCGGCCACGGACCGGUGCGAGGUGGCCUCCGCCGAGCUGUGCCGGCAGCACGGGCGCCCGCUGGAGCUGUACUGCGAGGACGAGCGGCGCUGCAUCUGCUGUGUCUGCACCGUCCGGGACUGCCAGCGGCACCGGCUGGUGCUCUUCGAGGAAGAACGAGCCAAAAAGCAGACCUUUUUGAAAAAAUCCCUGGAAAAAGCCCAGGAGGAAUCGGAGAGGAUUGAGCUGGCGAUGAAGGAAAUGGAGUUGCAAACAUUGAGCAUCAAGGACUGCUCUGAGCUCAAAGCUGGGAUUCAAAGCAAAUUCACCCACCUGAGAACAGCUCUGGAGGAUUUCCAAUGUCAGACAGUGGCCAGGAUUGAGCAAGAGCAGGGGGCAGCACUGGAGCGUGUGGACAAGAACUGGAACCUGUGUAAGGACCGCCUGGAUGUCCUUGGCAAGCACAGGGAGAAGGUUCAGAGCCUGCUGGCCUGCCCUGACCACAGGACCUUCUUCCAGGAGUUGCCCAUGCUCCCACCUCUGGAGAGCCCAGAGGCGCUGGUGCCUGUGGAGUUUGAUGUGACUGCUGUGAUCAAGCCCAUCUCAGAGAUCCUCACCAGCAUCUCCAGGCUCCUGCUAGGGGACCUGCCUGGCUCUGUGGCCCCCAAAGCCCCAGAGCCCACUGGCCAAGGCCCAGUGCAUCCCCAGGAGCUGGCAGUGAAGGCUGUGGCCCCUCUCCCCAGGUGCCAGCUCCGAUCUGAGCUUCUGAAGGACCACCGCAACCUGACCUUCGAUCCCAAGACAGCCAACAAGUACCUGGAGCUGUCGAAAGGUGCCCGGAAAGCCAAGCACGGUCACGGUGCCGUCCAUGGGCAGGAGCAGGGCCCCCGCUUCCAGCCCUGGCAGGUGCUGUGCACACAGAGCUAUGGCCCUGGCCACCACUACUGGGAGGUGAAGAUCUCCAGCCACUCUGUCAUCCUGGGAGUCACCUACCAGGGGCUCCCCUGGGAGCAGCAGCAGGGCCACAGGUUCAACAUCGGGCUGGAUGGGGGCUCGUGGGGGCUGCAGGUGCGGGAGGAUUGUUACCUGGCCUGGCACAAAGGCCAGGCUGAGAAAAUCCAGGAGCAGCUCUAUAAGAACCUGGGGGUCAGCCUGGAUUAUGACAAGGGGCUCCUCUCCUUCUACGGCCUUGGGGAGAAGAUGGAGUUCAUCCACUCCUUCCACAGUGUCUUCACUGAGCCCCUGUACCCUGUGUUUUGGCUGUGUGAGGGGAGAGUGGUGACACUGUGCCAGAGGGACUGAGGCAGAGCCACCACACUGAGCCAUAGCCAGGCUGGCAAGUCCCAGGCUGGUGCCAUAGUGGAGCUGCAGCUAAGGCUGCCAUGGUACAGUGGGAGCUCAGUGCUGAGGCAGGUGUGGAGUGCAGUGUUUUAACAAGAGCUGAUGGGGACAGACAUGUAAAUUAACAUGUUUGAUUUGCAUAUGCAAAUAUCGCUAGUGACUCAUGGCAGGGCUGGAGCUCACCGUGGGUUCCCCCUGUCCCUGCAGACAGAACAAGGGAAGGGGGAAUAAGGAGAGUGAAAAAAAAUGACAUUUUUUUCUUUCUUCUAUCCCUGCCAAACUUCCCAAACUUUGGGAAGGUUUGCGAUGAGGGGGACCCCAGAAGGAGGUGCUGCUGCCACAGGGUGCUCUGAAACAAUUCGGAGGGACCUCUGUGCUCACACAGUCUCACAUGCAGGCAGGUCCUGCCCUGCCCCUCCCCCCCCCCCCCAGCCCCUUCUUGGUUUCCUCUUGCCAUUCUCAGGCCUGGCAGAGCAACUUCUCAGGGUUCUACACUGCAGUUCUUUGUACAAUGUUGGU